CCACAAAGAAAAGCAAAGAAAGAGAGAAAGAAAGUUGUCUCAAUCUUCUACUCUCUCUCUCUCUCUCUCAAAGCAAAACCUUUCCUGCCACCGCUCUACGGCCGCCCGCCUCCUUCCUCUCCUUCUCCGUCGCCUAGGGUUCCAAAUUCCACCGCUAAUUGUCGCGUCCGAGCGUUUCUAGGGAUUUCGGAGCUGGAUUUCCUCCGGAGAAUCUCCAUGCGCCGUUGGUUCAGCGGCUUCGUCGAUUAGACCGCCUCCCCGGGAGGAAGCCUCUGGAUUUUUUUCCCCUAGGGUUUCGUGUCCUCACUCUGCUCUGCCUGUCCCCCCGAGUACUUGCUCCGCCUGGUAUUGCGGUUUGCUUGUGGUUGCGCGUCCGGUGCCGGGAUGGCGGUUUCGAAUCACUUGGGCGAGUGCUCCAGCCCUGAAGAACUGGAUUUGGUUGGGGGGACGGGAGACGCGAACUCGCGGAACUCCGGCAGUAGUUGCGCCACUUCUACCACCAUGGCGUAUUUGCCCCAAACCGUUGUUCUGUGCGACCUAAGACAUCAAGCUUUGGAGGAUGAGUGUGUUCCCUCUGGUCCCUCUGACAAUGGCUUGGUCUCAAAAUGGCGGAUUAGGGACAGAAUGAGGACAGGAGCUGUUGCAAUUGUUCUCUGUUUGAACAUUAGUGUUGACCCACCGGAUGUAAUUAAGAUAUCCCCUUGUGCCAGAAUGGAGUGCUGGAUAGAUCCAUUCUCAAUGGCCCCUCAGAAGGCACUUGAAGCAAUUGGGAAAACAUUAAAUUCUCAGUAUGAGAGGUGGCUAUCGAAGGCACGCUACAGGACCCAAUUAGAUCCCACUGUGGAGGAAGUGAAGAAACUUUGUACUUCGUCUCGCAAAUCAAACAAGUCCGAAAGAGUUCUAUUUCAUUACAAUGGACAUGGUGUGCCAAAGCCAACUUCCAAUGGUGAAAUUUGGCUAUUCAAUAAGACUUAUACACAAUAUGUCCCAUUGCCAAUCAGUGACCUUGAUUCCUGGUUGAAGACACCAUCCAUUUAUGUUUUUGACUGCUCUGCUGCUGGGUUGAUUGUCAAUGCUUUCAUAGAGCUUGAGGACUGGAGUGGCAGUGGUUCCUUGGGAUCUUCCAUGAGGGAUUGCAUUCUACUAGCAGCCUGUGAGGCACAUGAGACUCUUCCUCAGAAUGCUGAAUUUCCUGCUGAUGUGUUUACGUCAUGCCUCACCACGCCCAUCAAGAUGGCAUUGAGAUGGUUCUGCACCCGUUCAUUACAUAGUGAAUCUCUUGAUUAUUCACUGAUAGACAGAAUUCCUGGCCGCCAAAAUGACCGUAAAACGCUUUUGGGAGAACUAAACUGGAUUUUUACAGCAGUGACUGACACGAUCGCUUGGAAUGUUCUCCCGCGUGAACUUUUUCAGAGGUUGUUCAGACAAGAUCUCUUAGUUGCCAGUCUGUUCCGAAAUUUUUUACUUGCUGAGAGAAUAAUGCGGUCUGCAAAUUGUUCCCCAAUCUCUUAUCCUGUGUUGCCACUCACCCAUCAGCAUCAUAUGUGGGAUGCCUGGGAUAUGGCGGCUGAAAUCUGCCUUUCUCAACUUCCAUUUCUAGUUGAGGAUCCUAAUGCCACUUUCCAGCCAAGUUCUUUCUUUACCGAACAGUUAACAGCUUUUGAGGUAUGGCUUGAUCAUGGAUCUGAGCAUAAAAAACCGCCUGAGCAAUUGCCCAUAGUUCUUCAGGUUUUACUUAGUCAAUGCCAUCGGUUUCGUGCUUUGGUGCUUCUUGGAAAAUUCCUUGAUAUGGGUCCCUGGGCUGUAGAUCUGGCCUUGUCUGUUGGAAUAUUUCCAUAUGUUCUAAAGCUGUUGCAAACUACUACUCCAGAGUUGCAGCAGAUUCUCGUGUUUAUAUGGACAAAGAUCCUUGCACUUGAUAAGUCGUGCCAGGUAGAUCUGGUAAAGGAUGGGGGGCAGACGUACUUCAUAAGGUUUCUUGAUAAUGUGGAAGCAUAUCAAGAACAGCGUGCAAUGGCUGCAUUUGUUUUGGCUGUUAUUGUAGAUGGACACAGGCGGGGUCAGGAGGCUUGUAUUGAAGCUGGUUUGUUACAUGUUUGCUUGAAGCAUCUUCGGAGUUCAAAGCCAAAUGAUAUUCAAACUGAACCCCUAUUUCUUCACUGGCUUUGUCUCUGUCUGGGUAAGCUCUGGGAGGAUUUUACAGAGGCAAAAUUAAUAGGUUUGAAGGCAGAUGCGCCAGCUAUAUAUGCACCUCUACUCUCUCAGCCACAACCAGAGGUUAGAGCAUCAGCCGUUUUUGCACUGGGCACUUUACUUGAUGUUGAAUUUGACUCGUCAAGAGAUCCUGCUGGAGAUGAAGAAUAUGAUGAUGAUGAUGAAAAAGUUCCUGCUGGAAUUAGUAUUAUUAAAAGCCUUCUAAGUGUUGUUUCUGAUGGAAGCCCACUUGUGCGGGAAGAGGUUGCUGUAGCUCUGGCGCAGUUUGCCUUUCACCACAAGAAACACUUGAAGCCAAUUGCUGCGGCAUAUUGUAAACCCCAGUCUGGUUCUGUGCUUACUUCUUUGCCUUCUUUGGCUAACAAAGGCACAGGAACUGGUUAUAUUGCUCCAACGCAGUACAUGCCCCAUGGAAGUAUGGGUCCUUCCCAAAUUGGUCCUCUGUUAAGAAUUAGUGGAGACAACCCACUAGCAAUCCGAGAUGGGAGGGUUUCUACCAGUAGCCCCCUUUCUAACUCCAGAAGAAUGCAUGGUUCUCCACUGUCUGAUGAUUCAUCACAACACUCUGAUUCUUCUGUACUCAAUGACUGCAUGAGCAAUGGGAUUGUAGAUCAUACAAGGCCAAAGCCUUUAGAUAAUGCAUUGUAUUCACAAUGUGUAUUGGCAAUGCUUACAUUGGCCCGGGAUCCAUCACCACGUAUUGCCAGGCUUGGUCAGCGAGUGCUGUCCAUUAUUGGGAUUGAGCAAGUGCUGACAAAACCUGUGUGGCCUACCAACAGCAGUGUUCAGCCAGGUGAACCCACAACUCCAAGUCUUGCUGGCUUAGCUCGUUCAUCUUCUUGGUUUGAUAUGAAUGGAGGCAAUUUGCCACUUACUUUUAGAACUCCUCCUGUUAGUCCUCCUCGACCGAGUUACUUACCACUACCAAGAAUGCGGAGAGUUCUGUCAUUAGAACUUAGGCCUCACCUAAUGAAUUCUCAUGACAGUGGAUUAGCUGAUCCACUUUUAGGUUCUGGUGGAGCUUCUGGAGUUCGAGAGCGUUGUUUCCUUCCAAAGUCGACAAUCUACAACUGGAGUUGCGGUCACUUCUCAAAGCCUCUUCUUACACCUGCAGAUGAUAGUGAAGAAAUAAUGGCUAGAAGGGCCAAGAGAGAAAAAUAUGCCCUGGAUCAAAUCACAAAAUGCCAACAUUCUACUGUUAAGAAAUUGCGUCAAAUUCCUAGUUGGGAUACAAAAUUUGAGACGGGUACCAAAGCAAUUUUACUGCAACCUUUCUUUCCUGUUGUCAUUGCUGCGGAUGAGACUGAACGAAUUAGGAUAUGGAAUUAUGAGGAAAAUACUCUUCUAAACAGCUUUGACAAUCAUGAUUAUCCUCGCAAAGGAAUAUCAAAGCUCUGCCUAUUAAAUGAGCUCGAUGACAGCUUGCUUCUUGUUGGCUCAUGUGAUGGCAAUGUCCGGAUUUGGAAAGAUUUCUCUUUAAGGGGUAAACAGAAACUUGUAACUGCAUUCUCUUCAAUCCAAGGUCACAGACCUGGUGUUCGAAGUGUGAAUGCUGUUGUGGAUUGGCAGCAACAAUCUGGAUACUUGUAUGCUUCUGGCGAAACAUCGUCAAUUAUGAUCUGGGACCUGGAGAAAGAACAACUUGUUAAUUCUAUUCCUUCCUCCUCAGAAUACAGCAUCUCAGCUUUGUCUGCUUCACAAGCGCAUGGGGGUCAAUUUGUAGCUGGUUUUGUAGAUGGUUCUGUUAGACUGUUUGACAUUAGAGCUCCUGAAAGGAUUGUAUGUUCAGCUAGGCCACAUGCCUCAAGUAUUGAAAGAGUUGUGGGGAUUGGCUUUCAACCUGGACUUGAUCCAGCAAAGAUUGUCAGUGCAUCUCAAGCCGGUGACAUCCAGAUUCUUGAUGUCAGACGGCAGAAGAAUACCUACUUGACAAUUGAUGGUCAAAGGGGCUCUCUUACUUCUUUGGCCAUUCAUCGACAUGCACCCGUCAUUGCCUGUGGCUCAGCCAAACAGCUUAUUGAAAUCUUCAAUUUGAAGGGAGAACGAUUAAGCAGCACUAGAUCUUUUUCAGCCUUCAUGACGCCGAAAAUAGGUCCUGUAAGCUGCGUCACCUUUGAUCCUUAUCAAGUGCUACUUGCUGCUGGUGCUACAGAUGCUGGCGUGUCUUUCUUUACUGCUGAACCAACUACAGCAAGAUGAAUGUACAUUUGAUUCAUAUCAUGCAUACAAGCCUUCCAGUUUGGGAGCAGCUGUACAGUGGAAAGGGCUUGCAUUUGAGGGGUCAUCAAAGUUUAUUUGGGCUGCAAACGGGGAUCACUGGGUCUCGCUGGGUAUGCUAAUGCUGCUCCAGUUCCUCCUUGAAGAAACAAUUACAGGUUGCGUCAAAGUGUUCAAAAGUAUAUGCAAUGUAUUCAAUUGGCCUCCACUGGCGAGGUGAUCUGUACAGAGUUGGGAAGGAAUACACCAUAUUCCUUUGGAGGCUUUGGCAAAUAAUCUGAUGAUAUAUUUAGCUAAACAUGGUGUAAAUAUCAUCUUUUUUCUUUUCAGUUUCUCCUAGCUUUUCUGGCUUGUUAAAAUCCUUACUCCUCUUCAGGCAUUUUGUUCAACUUGUAUAGCAACUGGAUUAUCAUUAUGAAAAUUAAAUGUUUUGUUGAUA